AGCGACCAUAACUACUUAUCUCGUAAUCGUUGUGCGGGAGGUUUUUAGACAGUAAUUUACACGAUAUUUUUGUUAAAUUCUGAACAAAAUCUCUGUAAGGUUUAUUAUCAAGAUCAAGAAAACUUAUAUUUUUAUUUUACAUGAUGAAUAAAUAUAGUUCAGACAUAUUAAUAAAGCUAUCUGUUGUUCUAUUUAUUGCUCAAUCCACUAUCUGCAUUGAUGCUUCUCCACUUAAGAAACAAACUAAAUCGGAACUUUUAGCUGUAACAUUGGUAAUGAGACAUGGUGAUCGAUCUCCUAUGGAAUCAUUUCCUAACGAUAAACACUUCAACGCCAAAAACUUUCCAUUGGGUGCAGGACAAUUAACAAAGCCUGGUAUAAUUCGACUAUAUGCUCUCGGCAAGUGGUUUCGAAAUCAGUAUAAGGACUUCCUCAGUGAUGCAUACAAACCUAGUGAAAUUCUUGUUCGAUCCACAGACACUGAUCGAAGCAUUAUGUCAGCCAGUACUGUACUAGCAGGAAUGUAUCCACCGCAUGGUGACCAAAUAUGGAACAACAAUUUAUUGUGGCAACCAAUACCUGUCUACAGUGAAAAUAAAGAGAAAGAUGAUAUAUUAGUAGAGAAGAGACCAUGUAAGCUGCGAGACCAGUUAUAUAAUCAGGCAAAAUCAGAAAACUACCCUCUUCUAAAGGAAAGACACUCUGAUAUAUUUAAACAAAUAGCAAAUUAUUCAGGAUACACUAAUGUAUCAUUAUACCAGGUAGAGGUGAUAAAUAACUUAAGGUACGUGUAUACCAACUUCAACAAGUCAUUCAUACCUGACUGGAUAAAGCGUCUCAAUUUCACGGAAUUGGAUCAUUUAGGAAAUACCGAAUAUACAUUGAAGACGCUUACGCCAACGCAAGCUAGACUUCAAACCGGACCAUUCUUUUAUUCACUAAUUGAACAUUUCGAUAAAUUUUCGAAUAAAAAAGACGAACAAACACCAAAAUUCCGAAUAAUAUCAGCUCAUGACUCGACUAUUAUUAAUAUCUUAGACGUCAUGGGUGCCUAUGACUUCAGGAAGAUUGGAUUUUGUGAUACUAUCAUUUAUGAAUUCAGAAAAAGCAAAGAAGGUCAGUUCUUCAUAACCAUAUAUCUUAAGCAGGAAGAUAAGCUCCAUCCAUUAACAGCACAUCGAUGUAGUGUCGAGUGCAGGUGGGACGAUUUCAAACAAAAGAUGUCAAAUGUUACUAUAGAUAUUAUUAACUGGAAAAGAGAAUGUGAUAGUGUGUAACUAUGAGUAUAAAUAUAGAUAAUUUCUUAUUAAGUUAGAUAAUUUUUUUAGUUUAACAUAAAAUCGACAACAUAAAAAUAUUCACUUUUGCUUACAUUUGAACUCAGUUUAACAACAACUUUAUUAAAAAAUAUAGUAAUAUACGAAGAUAUUAUAAUAGAACUGUCUAAAGUAUAGUGGAAUUACCAUGUAAUAUACUUCACAUUCGAAAAUAGGUCAGGUCAGGAAGUCAGAAUUGGAGUAUAAAGUCUAAUAUUCGAUAUAAUAUUCGUUAUAUUCGAAAAUAUAAUUUUAAUUAUGGUCUAUUUAGUCCAGUAAUUCGGGCGGAAAAUAAGGCGGACCUUACCUCAAAAUUCUGUCGCACUGCAUGGAUUUAGCUGAUAAUUUUGAUUUAAGCUUGUCUUACCCUCCUUUCCAAAAGUUAAUUAUGAACGAAGUGGACUUUUUGUUUUUAAAUUGUUAAAU